AAAAUGUGCAUUCAUACAAACUAGAGAAAUAUAUACAUCAAAUAUAUACGCAUUCAUAUAUAUAUAUAUAUAUAUACACAGUGAGAGAGAGAGAGGGGUGAAACAAGACAACCUAAAGAAAUAUACACCACUCAGGUGUGUGUGUAUAUAUACAUAUAUAUAUAUAUAUAUAUAUAUUAUAGAAAAGAGACACUUGCUGAAACAACUAUAUAUAUAUAUAUAUACAUGUUUAUGAAGAUUAAAUACACACAUAUAUAUAUAUAUGAUACAUGUGUAUAAGUAAGAGUGUAUAUUGUUAAAAGGCAGGGAAAAGUUCUGAGCUAACCAUGCAGGAUAUUGUGGCACCAGUCCAUAACUUGAAGUUUGAGAUCGAAUAUGCCUUGGAGAACCAACUUGGAUGCCGGCCUUUGCCCUUCCCGGGGAUGGACAAAUCCGGUGCAGCAAUUUGCACAUUCUUCAUGCGAGGCCUCUGUUCCAAGGGUAGUUCAUGUCCAUUCCGUCAUGUCAAAGGAGACCGAACCAUUGUCUGCAAGCAUUGGCUACGAGGUUUGUGCAAGAAAGGCGACGACUGUGAAUUUCUCCAUGAGUACGAUAUGUCGAAGAUGCCUGAAUGCUAUUUCUUCUCUAAAUUCGGUCAAUGCAGCAACAAAGAAUGUCCAUUCCUACACAUUGAUCCGGAGAAGAAGAUCCGAGAUUGCCCGUGGUACGACCGAGGAUUCUGUCGACACGGUCCCAACUGUAAGAACAGACACGUACGGCGUGUUAUAUGCCAGAGUUACCUGAACGGCUUCUGUUGCGAUGGCCCUAACUGUAAAUAUGUACAUCCCAAAUUUGAACUGCCAACAAGUGAUCCAGCCACCCAAGCCAAGAAAGCCUCCAUAGUCUGUCACUAUUGUGCUGAAGUCGGACACAAAGCAGCAAAUUGCCAGAAGAUUCCACCGGAAAUGAAAAUGGAACAGCAACAACAGGCCUAUGACAAAAUCCGAAAUCAACAGAUUGCCCAAAUUCAGGUUGACCAGUCCAUGUCAGUUGACGGACGUCGACCACUUGACCAGGUGACAUGCUUCAAGUGCGGAGAAAAGGGCCACUAUGCAAACAAAUGCCCGAAGGGUCAUCUCGCGUUCCUCAGUAACACGGCAAUUGUGUGACAUCACGCUGAAUCAUGAACCACCAUCGCUAAUAACAAGUCUUAUGGACAGGUAUCACGUACCUCUGUUCCAUGUAUGAACGCCCAUGUGUGUGUGAUUACAUUUCUUUCACACCCACAUGUGUGUAUAUAUGUUGUAUGUGUGUGUGUAUAUAUAUAUUUAUAUAUGUAUGUACACGCGUGUAUAGCAUUUGGAAUUGGUUAUGCCUGUAUAUUUCUAAGAAUGAGAAAAAACAUUAUUCAUGAAUGAAUUUUGCUGGAACUGGUCAUCGUCACACAAGAGAAGUGCGAUGUUUGAUUCUAUAGGAAGUAUUUUUGUAAUUUCAAUGCACUCUGGACCUUUGGUCUUUGAUCUACAAUAAUGAAUUUUGACCACUUACACACACACUCCUACAUGUAUGUGUAUAUAUACAUAUAUGUAAUGUAUAUACAUGUAUAUUCAUGCAUGUGUAUAUAUAUGUACACAUGCAUGUAUAGAUAUAUAUACACGUA